GCCUUGUGUCCUCCCAAUUCCUCCCAUGCCACUGGCGCCAUGUGCCGUGCCAUGCACCGCGAGACCCGCCGCGGCCGGUCUCGCGGUGGCGCGACCGCCGCGGGUCCGAGUGGGGCGCCGGCACGCGCCGUGGUGCAGCGCCGUGGUUCCCGUGAGCGCCGUGGGUCACAGGCUUUGUGGUGCCUUCCGGCGCUGCGAGCGGCGGAGACGUGGCCACGGUCGUCGCUCCUUGAGGCCGGCCUCCGGCGCCCGGUCCAAGCUGGUCGACGUUGAGGAGAUCGAGCUGGAGCGGCCUGCGCUUUACAUGGUGGCCACGUGCGGAACACCCGGUUCCGAGCCAUCGCGUUGGCCUAUUGGAAAUCUGAGCGACAUCACCCUGAGAGCUUUGCAAGUCCUGCGGGAGGUCGAUGUGAUCUUCGCAGAGGAUACGAGGACCACUGGUUUGCUGCUGUCGCGCUUGGGCAUUCAGUUGAACCAACGACUUCUGCUGCCAUGCCACGCCUUCAACGAGGAGCAAGCAGGACAAAGCCUUCUGCGGAAGCUUCGUGACAACCAGUGCGCGGCGCUGGUCUCGGACGCUGGGACGCCCUUGAUCUCGGACCCGGGCUACGCGGUGGUCCGCGCGGUGCGUCAAGGUGCUCCGCAGGUGCCCGUGCGCAGUGUGCCGGGCUGCUGCGCGCUGGCCGCCGCGCUGAGCGUGGCGGGGCUGCCGUGUAGCCGCGUCCUCUUCGGGGGCUUUCUGCCGAGCGGCGGCGCCGCGCGGCUCGCUGAGCUGCGGAGCCUUCUGCGGCAGGCCUCCACGGGCACCCUGGUGCUUUAUGAGGCGCCUCACCGGCUGUUGAACACCUUGGAGAUGCUCCGCGACGAGCUCGAUGCAGAAGACGCGCGGGAGCUGGCCGUGUGCCGUGAGCUCACCAAGCGCUACGAGACGGUGCUGCGAGGCACCAUUGAUGAGAUCCUGAUGGAAGUUCGAGAGAAGCCGGAGAAUCAGAAGGGCGAAGUGGUUCUCCUCGUGGCCGGGCGCGCCGAGUCCGAGCGCGGUCCGGCCGUGGAUGCCAUGGAGGUGCUCCGGAUCCUGAGUGCCGAGCUACCUGAGAGCCGGGCGGUGGCCUUGGCGGCCAAGAUUGCCGGCGUGCCAAAGAAGACGCUGCGGCUCGCGCAGCGCGCGCGCGCCAACGCACGCCCAUGAGGCUCCGUUGCGGCCGCCCAGCGCCUCACAAAAGGGCG